AUGGGGAAUUCUGUGCCAGAUUGGGAAUAUCUACUAGAACUCUGUCUUCUUAUAGUUCUUGAGAAAAUAGAUGAACCCAUCAGUCGGGUUCAAUUUGGUGCUAGGCGAUCAUCCCCAAAUCUAGUUCCAAUGCUGAUGGUUCCAUCCAAAAAGAGCGCCACAAAGCAAAAAGUAUACAGCCUACAAGCCAAAUCAAAAGUCGCUAAGAUUGAAUUUCCCAAGCCUUAUACACGGAGAUACUUUGGUUCUUGUUAUGGUUGGAUAGCCACCGUGGAUAAGAGCUUUAAUAUAACUCUUUCAAAUCCUUUUAAAAAUCUUGGCAUUCAUCUUCCUCAGUUUGAUAGCAUGGCAUAUGAUAGUGGGCCCUACACAUAUAAAAUUCAAAAGGUUGUGUUAUCAGACGAUCCCUUGUUGCAUCCGAAUAAUUUUGUAGUUGUUGUAAUUUAUAGUGUGUAUGGCAGGGUAGCCUUCUACAGACCUUGCCAAGAAAAUUGGAUAUACAUGGAUGUCGAUGAAGAUCAAUCUCUUAUCAGUGAUAUUCUUUUCCAUAAAGGUUUGGUUUAUGCUAUAGGGGAAUACAACAAUCUUGUAUCAUUCGAUGUUAAUGGUGUAGAAGAUGAUGAAAGUUCAAAGCCACCAAAAUUGAACACACUCGUGCCAAAAAUUUUAAAGCUUGAGAAUUAUUUACAUAAAGUAUAUCUUGUUAAGUCAUCUAUGGGAAAUUUAUACUCCAUCCAUAAACAUUUUGAUUUUGAAAAGGUUGGUGAAAGAAUGGCUCAUUGGACAAAAAAAUUCACAGUUUUCAAGUUGAUUUUAGAUUAUGAAAACGGAAAAUUCUUAGAAAAGAAAGAGGUAGAGAGUAUAGAUGGAGAUAUAGUUUUUGUGAGUGAUAAUAAUACUUUAGCAGUUUCAGUUUUGGAUUUUCCCGGAGGCCAGCCUAAUUCUAUAUAUUUCACAGAUGAUUUUAUUGAUUGGGAUGCAUAUGAGUCAACCACCAUGGCCUGUAGGGCUUCAGGAAACGAAAUCUAUAUUCCCAACACCAAGAGCAUCCCUAACACAUUGCCUGUUCAGAAAUGUCUCCAUGUUUGA